AAGAAAUCUAGGCCUAGCAAAAGGAGCCAAGAUGCAUGGCAUGAUUGUGACUGAUGGUACAAGUGAAGCUCUUAUUGGAAAUUGUUUAUACUUCAUCAAGUCGGAUGCUAGCACUGCCAUCAAUGCAAGGAAUGUACAUGAGGAAGUGAACUUCGGGAGAUUCAGCUGUCAAAAUGCUGGAAUUUUAACUGUUCUUCCUGCUCUCCAACAACUGUUGAGUAAAGUUCACAAUCCUGCAGCCCAUGCACUUAGAAACUGGGGAGCACUUUCAGAAACACCUCAUGGGAAAAAGACCAAGCAGAUUUUCCUUGAUUCCUUUGAUACAUUCAUCGACUUUAUCAAUGGUGCAAAAACUAGCAUAUCAGGUGCUGUGAAGCUGCAUGGCUGUGAUAGUUUUGAUGUCGCAAGUCUUCUCACUCCUAGUGAUUGCUUAGCCGCUGCUGCCAAUCCAGACACUGUGGCAAUCCUGGAAGAUCUGGUGCAUCAUUGGUGUAAAGAAAUAGAACAAGUAGAUAACACCUAAUUAUAUAUCUUGGGCAUCUGUAGCACAGUAAUAUAGACUUCUGGAUAGAUUUUAAAUCCAAUUUCAAGCCAAUCCAAAGUUUAAUCAUUGGUAGAGGAAAACAGUAAAGGUAGAAUUCUGAAAAACACAAGCAAGGACCAUGAAUGGCCCUUAGUGAAUAUUAUAGAAAUCUUUGUUUAAUCAUAUCUUAUAUAUUUUUAUCAUGUUUUGUGGGGGUGGCAGGGGUGGAUUUAGGGGGUCCCCUU